AUGGCCGAGGUCCUUGGGCUUCCCGUAAGCAUCAUUGCCAUCGUCGACCUCUCGGCAAAGCUCGCCAGUCACUGCAAAUUCUACGUCGAAAACGUUAAAGAUGCGCGUGCAGACUUUCGCAAGCUUCUCAUCGAGAUCACGUCUGUCGGAAACGCUGUAGACAUUUUGAAAUUUCUCAUCGAAUAUGACCCCGAUUUCGAAUCUGACCAGCUGUUGAGUCUGUCGGGAGAGUCAGGCUCCAUCGCCGGAUGUCUCGAUGCUCUGACAAAACUCGAGGCUAUGCUGCCUCCGUCGGAAGAUAUCGAUUCCGGCAAUUCGUGUCCCUCAAUGAAAUCGAGAAUGAAGAAUAUCGCGACCCGUCUCGCAUGGCCCUUGAAGAAGACUCGCGCCAUGGGCCUUCUGGAUGAUAUUAUGAGGCACAAGGCUACGAUUAAACUCGCUAUGAUAGGAGAUAUCUCUAAGGAUGUCAAGGAGAUCAAAACAACAGUGGAAAAUAUUCAGAAGAAAUUAACCAAAAGCAACAGCACGCUUAUCGACAUCCAUCGCUCCGGCCGCCAGCCCAGUAUCCAACAAUUGCUUGACAGUUUGGUUUUCAUGAUCAACAUGUGGGACUCCAUUUACAUUAUCAUCGACGCUUUAGAUGAAAGCAAACCACGGACCGAACUUCUGAAACUGUUGCACAAGCUUGGCACGGAACAUAGAUUUCAAAAUCUAAAGAUCCUUGCAACCAGUAGAAUCUACCCGGAUAUUAAGGAUAACAUGGAACCUAUCGCGACAUCAAUCGACAUGUCUAAUCCUUUUGUGGAAGAUGACAUUAGGAAAUUUACAUUCAACGACUUGGAAAGACGCCGCACGACGGAUUUCAAGUACCUCAAUCAGGCUUUCAUGAAUGAAGCAGCGGACAUAAUAUCCGUCAGAGCGGAAGGCAUGUAA